ACAAACUUCUGCAUCUUGAAACCUUUGGUGUAUGUUUUCCACGACUGCAGUCUCCUUGGUGUCUCCUGGCCCUUACUGUCGAUGAUUCUCAAGCUGUUCUCAGCAGGGAGCAGGCAUGUUUCUCAAAAGGAGAAGAGUUACCUGGAAAAGGAGUCCUGGAUCUAUUCCAAAGCCCUGCAGUCUACAUGGGCAGCCAAGCCUCCGGUCUCCGGUCUCCUUGACAUGCAGAGGGUUUCACGGCCAGUCCAGGACCACAUCCCAGCCCCACAGCCCUCUCCCCAGCCCUCAAGACGUCCCCAAGGCCAGUUCCUGAUGAAUCACAACCACCUCCAAAUGUUUGAGGAUCAAGUCCUCUGUCCCAUUUGCCUGGAGGUGUUCCGCCACCCAGUCACCACCGCCUGCGGACACAACUUCUGCAUGACCUGCCUCCAAGGCUUCUGGGACCACCAGGCCACCCUGGGCGAGGCGCUCUACUGCCCGCAGUGCCGGGAGAGCAUCCCCUCCAGGCCCCGCCUCUGCAAGAACGUCACCCUAGAGGAGAUGGUGGCCUGCCUCACCCAGGCCAAGGGCCAGGCCUUGGGGUCCUCGCCGAACCUGGCGGGGCCCAGGGACGUGCCCUGUGACUUCUGCUCCCCCCAGAAGCUCAAGUCCGUCAAGUCGUGCCUGCAGUGCAUGGCCUCCCUGUGCGAGAAGCACCUGCGCAGCCACUUUGAGGACCAGGUGUUCCAGGGCCACCAGCUGCUGGAGCCCGUGUGGGAUCUCAAGAGCCGGCUGUGCCGCAAGCACCGCAAGCUGCGGCGGCUGUACUGCCGCACGGAAGGCAGCUGCGUGUGCGGGGCCUGCCUGCUGGAGGAGCACAAGAACCACGACACCAUCCCCCUGGAGGAGGAGCGCGCGCGCAAGGAGGCGAGGCCCGAGCUGGCGGGGAGGGACGGGGGCGCGGGGAAAGGGAAGGUCUUUCCGAAGAAGCCCUGGGCAUCUUCCCUUGGGGGAAGGUUAUGCAGCCAUUAAAGUGGUCACGAGGCUCCUGCCCUGACCGGAAAAAAAAAAGUGCUGGCCAGUUGACUGAAUAAGGAGCCAAGAUCAUUGGUCCUGAGUCCUGUUUAAUUUUUUUUUUUUUUUUUUUUGGGCACAGAAAAAGGAAAGGCUGAAAGAGAACAUAACAAAAUACAAAUGUGUCAUGUUAGGUUGGGGAAAUCCCUUUUUACUAUUUUCAAAUUUUGUUUACUAUAUUUCUAUUGCUUUCUAGAAUGGAACACCUAUAUUCCAGACAUUCUAUUGUGUAUAUUCUAGAACCGUGUUAUUCCAACCUAACCACCUGUUGAUGGUCCCUGGCAAGAAAGGAGCUCGUGGCCAAAUGUUAGCUGGCUCAUCACACUGCUUCCGUUCAGCUGAUACUUUUUUAUGGCAAGACUUUCUGUACAAAACAGCAGUGUGUGAAUUUACAAUCUGGCACUUGUUUUGUUGUGGGUCAGCAGCAGUUUGUAGACAGGCACUUGGAACAGCACUGUCCUAUAGAGCAGAAUAAUACACGAAGAUGCCUAAGGAGUUCCUAUUGUGCCUCAGCAGGUUAAGAACCCAACAUAGUGUCUGUCAGAACGUGAGUUCAAUCCUCAGCCUUGCUCAGUGGGUUAGGGAUCCGACAUUGCCGCAAGCUGUGGCUGAACUCCCUCCACAGCCACUUCUUGUGUCUGAAACCCUAUGGUCAUCACCGUCAGGAGCAGAAAACCUGAUUCCUAAGAAUGGGGAGAGAGGAGUUCCCGUCGUGGUGCACCGGAAACCAGUCUGACUAGUAUCCAUGAGGAUGCAGG